AUGGAGAGCGCUCUGGCUUCUCUGGCUCUGCGCGCGUGGCUCGUUUGGUCUUUACAGCUCGUAGCGCCCGGUAACGCUGAGGUGACUUGCUCCUCGUGCCCGUGGCCAGCGCGAGUCAGGAACGCGGAUGUAGUCCAGCAGCUGGACAAUGGCUUUGGACCCGUUGUGACGCUGGGGAAGUCUGGGAAUCGCGCUCGUGCCGAGUUUCGCCCCACCGCGCUUGUUUUGGAAAGUGCUGGAGAACGAGAAUGGAACUCCAAAGUGACCGAGAAAACGGACGGGGAAGUGCUGCUGGGAGACCAACCGACGUCCAGGCGCAAAAGAAGCGGACCAGGACCGGACACUGCCGCCCAAUUGACCGGAAGCAGAGACCCCAACCUGGGCGACCCCGAGACCCCUUCGGAUGAGCGCGCGAGGAGCCACGGGCUACUGCUGGACGGCCACAGGGCCAGCUCAGACGGCCGGUGGAGCCGCGACGACGGCCGAGCGUCCGGUUCGAGACAAGACGAUGCAAAACUGACCAGCAGCACUUUCGCGCUGGCUGGAGACUCAGCGCAUAACCAUGCUGUAGUCUACUGGACCGGCCAGAACAGCAGCGUGAUUCUGAUCCUGACCAAGCUUUAUGACUUCCACUUGGGCAGUGUCACUGAGAGCUCCCUAUGGAGAUCCACGGAUUACGGCUCAACCUACGAGAGACUGAACGACAAAGUGGGAGUGAAGACAGUCUUGAGUUAUCUGUAUGUCUGUCCCACCAACAAGAGGAAGAUAAUGGUGUUGACUGACCCAGAGUUUGAAAGCAGCAUCCUCAUCAGCUCCGAUGAAGGAGCCAGCUAUCAGAAAUAUCGCCUCAGCUUCUACGUCCUGAGCCUGCUCUUCCACCCUUCCCAAGAGGACUGGGCACUGGCCUACAGCCAUGACCAGAAGCUGUACAGUUCAUUUGACUUUGGACGAAAGUGGCAGCUCGUUCAUGAGCGAGUGACCCCCAACCGCUUCUACUGGUCAGUGAGCGGUCUGGACAGAGACGCUGAUCUGGUGCACAUGGAGGCUCACACUGCAGAUGGCCAAUGUCAGUAUAUGACGUGCAGGGCCCAGGCUUGUUCAGAAUCCAGCAGGACAUUUCCAUUUCCCAGCUACAUUGAAACCAACUCGCUGGUGGUUCAGGACGACUACAUUGUUAUUCAGGUCACCAUGGCUGGCCGGGCCUCUUACUAUGUGUCUUACCAGAGGGAACCUUUUGCGCGCAUCAAAAUACCCAAAUACUCUCUGCCUAAAGACAUGCACAUUCUCAGCACGGAUCAGGGUCAGGUCUUUGCAGCAGUGCAGGAGUGGAACCAGAACGACACCUACAACUUGUACAUUUCUGACCCGCGUGGCAUCUACUUCACCCUGGCCUUGGAAAAUGUCAAAACCACACGAGGUCUGGGGGGCAACAGCAUGAUCGACUUGUAUGAGGUAGCAGGGAUUAAAGGCAUGCUGAUCGCUAACAGGAAGGUGGAGAACCAGGUGAAGACAUACAUCACCUACAACAAGGGCCGAGACUGGAGGCUGCUGCAGGCGCCCUCUACUGAUCUGGAGGGCAACGAGAUUUACUGCGUGCUGCCAUUUUGUUCGCUGCACCUACAACUUCAGAUGUCAGAAAACCCCUACCUGUCCGGCAGCAUUACAACCAAGAGCUCUGUGCCGGGAGUCAUCGUCGCCACAGGAAACAUUGGCUCUGAGCUUUCCUACAAUAACGUAGGCAUGUUCAUAUCAUCUGACGCUGGCAAUAGCUGGAGACAGAUAUUUGAUGAGGAGCACAAUGUUUGGUUCCUGGACAAAGGAGGAGCGCUGCUUGCAGUCAAACAGCCCACAGUCCCCACCAGGCAUCUCUGGAUCAGCUUUGAUGAAGGACGGCAGUGGACGCACCACAGUUUCUCAGCGAUGCCACUGUUUGUGGAUGGAGUCCUGGUGGAGCCGGGCAUGGAUAAUCAGAUACUGACAUUUUUCGGACACUUCAGCGAUCGGUCGGAAUGGCAGCUGAUCAAAAUUGACUACAAGUCUUUAUUUACUAAGCGGUGCACUGAAGGAGACUUCCAAACGUGGCAUCUUCAUAAUCAGGGUGAGCCGUGCGUGAUGGGCCAAAAACAGAUCUACAUGAAGCGCCGGCCGGGCGUCUAUUGUAUGCUGGGCAAGGACUCGUCCAGGAUCCUGUCGGCUGAACCCUGUAUAUGUAGAGCUCAUGACUUUGAGUGUGAUUAUGGCUAUGAACGGAGAGGAGAUGGGAACUGCCUGCCUGCGUUCUGGUUCAACCCUGCUACAGUGUCACGUAGCUGCAGCCUUGGCCAAAACUACCUGAACAGCACAGGCUACCGUAAAGUGGCAGCCAAUAACUGCACCAACGGAGUGAAAGAGAUGUACACAGCCCGAAAACAGCAGUGUCCAAACCGGCCCCCACGAGGCCUGCACCUGGCAACCCGGGACAGCAAGCUGACAGCCAACCUGGGCAGCAACGUCACCUUUGUAGUGCAGCUGGAAGAGGGGGACUCGUUGAGGACAAAUAUCCAAUUGGACUUCGGGGACGGGACCGCGGUGUCUUAUUCCAACCUGAGCUGGACAGAGGAGGGGAUCAGACACGUGUACCGAAGUGCCGGAAUCUUCCGGGUCACCGCUCUCGCCGAGAACAGCCUGGGCUUCGACAGCACCUCCCUCUACCUGCACGUCACUUGCCCUGUGGAGCACGUUCAGUUGCUGGCUCCAUUCGUGGUGAUUAAAAACAAGGAGGUGAACUUGACUGCGAUGGUGUGGCCCUCACACUCCAGAACUGUCACCUAUUUCUGGUGGCUGGGGAACAGCACUGAGCCGGUGAUAACCCUAGAAGGCAGUAUCUCCUACGUGUUCACGGCCGAAGGGAUGAAUACAGUUACAGUGCAAGUCUCAUCCGCCAACUCCAUCCUUCAAGACACCAAGACCAUCGCUGUUCAAGAAUUCUUCAAAUCGCUGCUUUUAUCUUUCUCGCCGAAUCUGGACGAGGCCAACCCUGACAUUCUGGAGUGGAGGCAGGAUGUAGGCAGGGUAAUUAAGAAGGCUCUGCUCCAAAUUGCUGAUAUUCCUCCUGAGCAACUACUGGUGGCAGUGUUCCCAGGAAUCCCCACAGCUGCAGAGCUCUUCCUGCUUCCCAGCAAGAACCAGUCAGAUGCCAGGAAAAAGAACGAGGAGGACCUGGAGCAGAUUUCAGAAAUCCUCGUCAGUGCACUGAACCAGAAUUUGGUGGAGUUUGAGCUGAAGCCGGGAUCCAGAGUCAUUGUUUACAUCACGCAGUUAACUUUAGCUCCUUUGGUGGACUCCAUCCCAAGACACAGCAGUUCUGCCAUGCUGAUGCUCCUCUCUGUGGUGUUCCUGGGUUUAGCAGUCUUCCUCAUCUACAAAUUUAAGAGAAAAAUCCCCUGGCUUAAUAUAUAUGCUGAGGUGAACCAUGAGAAAGAGCAGGAAAUGAUCGGCACCGUGGGACAGAACGAUGCCACGACGCCCAAAAUCACGCUCAGUGAGUUCUCCAGCCCCAAAGAGCUGAUGGAGAAGGAGCUGGAGGUCCGUGUUAAACGCGGGAUGAUCAACACCUGUGAAAGCACAAGAGAGAUCCCCAACUGUACGAGCGUCUGA